CGGUGCGCGGCUGCAGCAGCGCCGCGGGCGUGGGCUGCGGAGGCGCGCGCGGCUGCAGCGGCGCUCGCGCGAGCAGGGGCACGGCGACGCUCUCAGGAGCUCAAGCCGGCGCGCGAGCAGGACACGGCGGCGCUGGACCUCAUCACCUUCGAUUCGAAGUGUUCGUAGCCACCAACUGCAGAUCGGGGUUCCCAAUCUCCACGAUGGACAAGAGGACCAAGCUUUUAGUUUGUAUUGCAGCUACAAAUUUAUUGUUGUCGAUGAUGGCCAUGAUUAUUAGGUCUAGAAAAAGAAAGAGGUGUUCAAGGAGAGAAGGUAUUAGAUAUGGCCCAAUGGUUGAAAGGGAUAGAAAAAGAAUUGAGUACCUAGAAACGAAAAUUUGGUGGAACGAUACAACUUGUAUCAACAUGCUUAGACUUAGAAGGGCAAGUUUCUUUCGUUUUUGUAAGCUUUUUAGGGAUCGUGGUUUACUUGAAGAUACCAUUCACAUGUGUAUUGAGGAACAAGUGGCUAUGUUUUUGCAUACAGUGGGGCAUAACCUUAGAAAUAGAUUAGUUCGUACUAAUUUUGAUAGGUCUGGAGAAACAGUUAGCCGUUAUUUCAACAAAGUCCUUCAUGCAAUCGGUGAGCUACGAGAUGAACUAAUCAGGCCCCCCUCAUUGGACACUCCAACUAAAAUAGCAGGAAACCCUAGAUGGGAUCCUUACUUUAAGGAUUGUAUUGGAGCUAUUGAUGGCACACAUAUUAGAGCCUCGGUUCGUAAGAAUGUGGAGUCUUCUUUUCGUGGUAGGAAGUCCCAUGCCACUCAAAAUGUAAUGGCAGCCGUAGAUUUUGAUCUUCGGUUUACUUAUGUCUUGGCUGGUUGGGAGGGGACAGCACAUGAUGCUGUAGUUUUAAGAGAUGCUUUGGAACGUGAAAAUGGCCUCCGUGUCCCACAAGGUAAUAGAUUACAAGGUAAUAGUUUAUCAAAUUAUCCAUGACAAAUGUUGAUAUUUAGGAAUGUGACCAACUUGUCGAUCAUAUAAUAAGCAAAUACUAUCUAGUUGAUGCUGGAUAUGGAGCCAAACAAGGAUUCUUGCCUCCUUUUCGUGCUGUUCGGUACCAUCUAAAUGAAUGGGGGAAUAAUCCGGUACAAAAUGAGAAGGAGUUGUUCAACCUUAGACACUCAUCCCUCCGUGUGACGGUUGAACGUGCAUUUGGGUCACUAAAGAGGAGGUUCAAAGUGCUUGAUGAUGCCACUCCAUUCUUCCCAUUUCGAACUCAAGUAGAUAUUGUUGUAGCUUGUUGUAUUAUUCAUAAUUGGGUCGUAAAUGACGGAAUUGAUGAGCUUAUAGCUCCGCCUGAUUGGUCAAGUGAGGACAUUGAUGAAUCGUUAACCGGCCAAGCAAAUGACCAUGCAUUGAUGGUUCAGUUCAGGCAGGGCUUAGCUGAUCAGAUGUGGGCUGACCGUAAUAGCCAUCAUGGAAUGUAAUAUGUAGCUGGGCUACUUGUAUUUCUACCUUAUUUACAAUAUUUCAUUAGUCAAUGAACAUUUUUAUGUAUUUCAUUUGUAUGGACAGCUUGUUGUAGUCCAUUUGCUAAAUUGCAUUUGUAUGGAUAAAUCUAUUGUUGUAUGCUGAAUUAUGGUUUGAUGAAUGCUGAGUUGGUUGACAUAUUGUUGAA